UGCUGAAACGUCAAGUGAAAAGGAAAGCAGAAAAAGAAGACAAGCAAAUCAAGCCAACAAUUUCGGUCUCGGAAUUUUGUGGGAUUUUCCAUCGGUAAAACUUGUUCCUACAGCGUACGAAGGGGGUGUGUGCCUCGGUACCUUUCAUCGCCCUACCAGCAACGGAACGCGGAACCCAGCAGCAUUUGCAGCGUGAAAGGAUGAGCCGCAAUGGAAGGCGUCGUAGUCGAAGUAGAAGUCCCCGGGGCCGUGGUGGACUGGCGGGUAGCCGGUACGAAAUCGGCAAACUGCAAACGCUCCGACCCGUCCAGUGGUCACAGGUGAAGCUGGACCCGAUCGUGCGCGAACCGUACCGUUCCAAGGCUUCGUACCGGCGGUCCGAGCGCGAGAUCUCCGAAUGGCGCCGAUCGAAGGAAAUCACCACCAAGGGCCACGACAUCCCGGACCCGAUCUUUACCUUCGAAGAGUCCGGUUUCCCUGCGGAAAUCAUUGACGAGCUGCGGUACGCCGGCUUUACCACGCCCACGCCGAUCCAGGCCCAGGGCUGGCCGAUUGCACUGUCCGGCCGGGAUAUGGUCGGCAUCGCGAAGACGGGCUCGGGUAAAACACUGUCCUACCUGAUUCCCGCCCUGAUACACAUCGAUCAGCAGCCGCGGCUUCGCCGUGGCGACGGACCGAUCGCGCUGAUACUUGCGCCAACGCGCGAGCUAGCGCAGCAAAUCAAACAGGUGGCGGACGACUUUGGGCGGGCGCUGAAGUACAAAAACACCUGCCUGUUUGGCGGUGGGAAGAAGCGCAAGCAGCAGGACGAUCUGGAGUACGGGGUGGAAAUCGUGAUCGCCACGCCGGGCCGGCUGAUUGACUUUCUGUCGAGCAACCAGACGAACCUGCGCCGCUGCUCGUACCUGGUGCUGGACGAGGCGGAUCGUAUGCUGGACAUGGGGUUCGAGCCGCAGAUACGCACCAUCAUUGAGCAGAUCCGUCCCGAUCGGCAGACGUUGAUGUGGUCGGCCACGUGGCCCGACAUCGUGGCCCGGCUCGUGAAGGACUAUCUGAAGGACUACGCGCAGAUCAAUGUGGGAUCGCUGAAGCUGGCGGCGAACCACAACAUCCUGCAGAUAAUCGACGUUUGCCAGGAGUACGAGAAGGAGUCGAAGCUGAGCAUACUGCUGCGCGAGAUAAUGGCCGAGAAGGAGUGCAAAACGAUCAUCUUCAUCGAGACGAAGAAGCGCGUUGAUGAUAUUACACGCAAGGUGAAGCGGGACGGUUGGCCAGCCCGCUGUAUCCAUGGCGACAAAUCACAGAACGAGCGUGAUGCUACAUUAAACUCAUUCCGUUCGGGAAGGACGCCGAUUUUGAUUGCCACCGAUGUGGCAGCACGUGGUCUAGACGUAGACGACGUAAAGUUUGUAAUAAACUUUGACUUCCCGACCACCUCGGAGGACUACAUUCAUCGCAUUGGGCGCACGGGACGGUGCAAUAACACUGGCACAGCCUACACGUUCUUCACCCCGAACAAUGCCUCAAAAGCGCGCGAUCUGAUCGAUGUACUGAAGGAGGCAAAGCAGGUGAUCAAUCCAAAGCUGGUCGAGUUGGCAAGCAUGAAAGUCAAGGGCAGAGGCAAUCGACACAUGACAACGCGCUAUCCACGCGAGCGCCGAUCGCGCUCCAGAUCGAAAUCGAAAUCUCGCUCACCGGUACGAAGCAGGCGGCCGGCGGGUCUGUCAGACCGGCGCCGAUCGCACAGCCGGUCCCGAUCCCGUUCGCGGUCUCCGGUGCGCCGCUCGCCCGUGGGUGGCCGGCGGGACGUUCGCACCAGAGGGUCGUCGCCCGGCCGGCGCAGCAUUUCGCGCAGUCCGCGACGCAGCGGAAGCGGUAGCCGGCGUCGUUUGCUUCCUCCGGUAGCGCGUAAAGCUUCUCAUUCGCCGCCGCCCAGCCGCAGCCCGGUCGCCUCUAGCCGACGGGUGAAUGGGCGCGAGCAGAAGAAUGGCCGUUCGCUGAGCCGCGAGCGCGAGCGCGAUCGUGACCGUGAGCGCGAAAGGGACCGAGACCGGGGAGACCGUGAUCGGGAUCGUGGACGGGAGAGCAACCGAGAUCGAGAUCGUCGCCGGCGCAGUCGUAGUCGAAGCCGCAGUCGCAGUCGCAGCCGCAAUGGCAACGGCAGGGCGUCGUCGUACGAUCGCUACUAGCUAAGCGGAAUGAUUGCCGACGCGUAGAAGAACAACGCGUCAAACUAUAAAUGGCAUUGCAAUUGCCAUUCGGUGUAAUUCAGCGUGGAGUUAUUGCGCAAAGAUAGGACAAUGAAGUUUUCGAACUACUGUAACUACCGUAACCUUCCUCUGAGGAGCAUUGUAUACAGAAAUUUCAUCUUUUUUUUUCAACCGGCAGACAAUCGUCGGACUCAGUAAUCAAUCAUCAUUUAGUGAGCAAAAGUAUUACGCAAGGAACUUUGAACAAUCGUAACAAUUCCUAUUGUGAAGGAGAAGAAACGGAGGGAGAGGUGAUACAUUUUCCCAGCACGAGGAUUUACUUGUCAAACACACAAUCCUCGCCUUUAGAAAUAAUAAUAAAAAAAGAAA